CCUCUAGGGACACCAGCAGAAGGUUCCACAAGAGUGAUGUUUACAUUGUAGGCUAUUGCAGAAAUUAGUAGAUAAGUGUCACAACAUUGUGAUGAAAUGUGAAAUCUCCCAAACAACAAAACAAAACACAGCUACACACAAAAGAAAGAUAAUAUUUGCUCUUAACGCUAGCGCUUGAGGCCUAUAUAAUAUAGGAGUUACCCUUUUUUUGUUCUUAGCUAUCUUUAUUUCAUUUCCUAUUUCAAGUAAAUAUCUAAUAAUGAAGCUUCUUGUGUUUUCCAUCUUCUGCAUUAUUAUCCUCCUGCAGAUGUGCAGUGAGGCUUUAUCUGCUACCAACUAUACAGAGAAUUCUCUUGUCAAGCCGAUACAAGAAGAGAAUAAGGCGGAAAAUCAAGGGAAAUAUGUUUGGAGAAACAUAAAUUGCAACUCUGCUUGUGCAAUGAGAUGCGUAAGGUCAUCAAGGAAGAAAUUGUGCGUUAGGGCAUGCCAAAGUUGCUGUUUCCAGUGCAAAUGUGUUCCUCCUGGUACUCAUGGCAACCACCAUCUAUGCCCUUGCUAUGCCCGCCUCAGGACCCAUGGCAACAGGCCUAAAUGCCCUUAAGAUUUACUUAUUACUUGAUCAUAUAGUAUCAUAUAGUAUAAUAGUAUAUUAUUAAUUAGUGUCACGCAUGCAUCUAUAACUAAGCAUUAAGCCUAAGAUAGCAAUAUAUAGUGUACUAUAUUAGUUUCAUUUUCCUGUUUAGUGUUUGCAAUAAUGUGUUGGAUCUACAUUUAUGCAUGUUAUAAUAAUUAAUCAUGCUCUUUA